AUGUCCUCUUCAUGGCCUCCACUACAACGAAAUGAACUUGGCAUCGCCACUCUUUCUCUCGGAAACUGGAGAAAACACACUCUUACCCCACGACUCGAAGCUGCCGCCAAAGCCGGUUACCAAUGGAUAGACCUAUUCGAUGAGUGUUGGGCUGCAUAUCUGGAGGAACACGAUCUACCCGGAGACCAGCUUUGGGAGCCCACACCGGAGAACCUGCGCGUGGCUCGUCACUUGGGCGAUUUAGUGAAGUCACUCGGCAUGCGUAUUGCCUGUACACAGCCUCUGCGUAUGAUCGAGGGUAUCAAGGAUCCAACAGAGCGAAGAGCGACUUUGGACCUGGUCGCAAAGCGGUUUCCGUUUAUGAGAGCCUUUGAUACCGACUUGGUGUUUAUGUGUGCCAAUAUUCGUACCGAUAGUGGCGUUACUUCGGAUCUGAAGACCGUUGCUAGGGACUUAGCUGAGUUGGGUGAUAUGGCUGCUGCGUAUGCACAAGCCGAUGGCGGGAAGAUGCUGAAGAUUGGAUAUGAGGGGUUGUCUUGGGCGACUAGGAAUACGUGGUCGUCUUCGUGGGAGGCGGUGCGGUUCGCGAAUCGUCCUAAUGUUGGCCUGAUCGUUGAUGCGUUCAAUAUUUUGGCUGUUGAAUUUGCGGAUCCUUAUAAUCCAGUAGGACAUGGUCGCAUAUAUCCUACGUUGGAGGAAUCACUGGCAGUCUUGACGGGAUCCAUGGCAUCUCUGGCUGCGACCGUGCCGGGGGAUCGUAUCUUUUUCUUUCAAUGUGGUGAUGCUGAGUUGGUGAACCCGUUGACGUUCCUGCCUCCUGAUGAUCCAAGUAUACCAGCCCUUUUACCUUGGUCGAGAAGUCAUCGGUUGUAUCCAAUGGAGGAAUCCCGGGGCGCUUAUAUGCCCGUGGAACUGGUAGCUGCCGCCGUAUUGGCUACGGGAUACAAAGGUCCCCUUUCACUUGAAGUUUUCAAUACGUCAUUGAACCAAGGCGGGGAUGAUGUUGCAGGAAGUCAUGCCGAUCGUGGCAUGGAGGGGUUGAAAAGGUUGUUCGAGGCGGCGACAAAACUAGCCCCAUUUUGGAGGAGCCCAGAAUCCAGCCGGCAGGCCAUUUCUCAGGUCUCUCAGAGGCUACAAGGAACAAGUCCUCGAUUAUAG